ACCGACGCUCUACUUCUCUCGCCUCGCCCAGAGUGAGCCAAAGCUUUGGCAAGCAACAGUUUUCUGUGGAUUUCUUUUUGUACCGAAAGGAUUUGUAAAGCUUCUUGACCUAUUUAUGUAUUGUAGUGAUGUGAUCAUGAAAACAAGAAUUCUGUGUUAAUAUUCACCUGGACUUGUAAAAGACCCGUUCACCCAACUGCGUCGUUAUGGAUCUAGGAAAGGCAAAGCUAAGGAAAGUCGGUAUUAAUAAUCUCCUUUCAGGCGUGCAUCCCCAGCAUGGCGUCAUCUGGACGGACGGCAAGGGUAUCUUCCUGGCGCCCAUACAAGUGGAAGGCACUAACGUGCAGAACGCUACCUCUGUCAGACUCGGGGAGUUCGAACAAGUGACGAGCGUCCACUGGAGCCGGUGCCUGUCCGCGGAGAGCGGCGCGGCCUGCCACCUGUGUGUGGUCCAUCAGCACACCGUCACCGUGUGGAGGGUCAGCGGCGCCCUGCCCAAGCUCAGCUUCAAACAGGUCCGCAAGAUCAACGUCAGGCCCAUCGCUCAGGUGGCAAGAUUUCCUGUGGCUGCUGGAGUCUUGAUGGCAAAAAACUGGUCAUGUGUGUGGGCUCGACACUUCUGGUGUACAGAUGGAAUGAUCUUACGACGACCUUGGAUGACUUCACAGCAGCAGCUUGGGUCAUACCAGGAUUGGAUGGUCAGGUGACGUCCAUCUCUCCAGUCGUGAAGGACUCUGUAGUUGUUGCUGCUGAGGUUCCCCUAGAGAGUCUUUGUAAACAACAACAAGACUUGUUUGCUGUCCCAGAGGUGAAUGGUAUUGAUGCCACUGGAGACGAUGGUGUCCUCAGACCUAGCAAGUCUCCAUCUGCUACUCAAAGUCUUCUCAAUUUACAACAAAGCUCUCAGGCAGCAGCUGAUGCCAGAUCAACCUUGACAUUGGUGAACCUGCAGGAUGGUUCACGUGACCCUGUCAAACUCUCCAGUGCACCUUUACGUGGUGUCCUUACUCCAGAUAUUCUCCUCUAUGAGAAAAGCAGCCAGUGUGUAGUUGUGGGCAGUAACUCCCAGAGCCAGCUUCACAUCUAUGCCCUACUAGACAAGCAUUUGGCCUACUGUGGGGACAUUCAACUGGAAAAAGGCCAGAGACCCAAGGGUCUGUGUUCGAUGCCCACCUACUUUGAUGACCACGGAGCAGCUCUGCUUAUCCUUGUAGGCCACAGGGCGACAGAAGAGGCAUCAUUUCUCUCAUCUGCCUUGGAGGCGGAGUUUCAGCUGUCACUCAAAUACAUCAUCCUCAAAGCAGAUAAUGCAGCAUCAAGGAAUGAAGGCUAUGAAGGCCGCUCCAAGCACAAUGGACACAACGAAGCAGUAAAAGUUCGAACCCAGGGCAAGAGUAACACCAGCAUCAGCAAGUCUGAGAGCAUGAAAGAGCACAGGCUCAAGGCACCGAAGAGUGAUGCCCACUUGCGAAGCCGUAGCGGCAGCAUUAAGAGUGAUCACCAGGGGGCAGAACGGGUCAAUUCUAAGGAGAUGGAAGUUCGGAUCCCAGACGCCACUGUUACAGAGUCCCUCACAGAUUCUCAACCCCUUCUGACGAGAGUUCCCACCGAGUCCUCUACGAAGCAUCAUAGCAAGAUGAUCGAAGACAUGUCGGAUACUUCAGACACACCUAACGCAGAGAGCCUUGAGGUAGAAACAUCAUCCUUUUCAGACCAACGACCGUCUUUUCACAACAGCAAACUAUCAAAUGAGUUUGACCUGCAUCCUCCUUCCCGUAGUAAAUCAAAAGCUGUCAAGGAAUCCAAGCUUUCGGCUUCUCAGCCCUCUUUGUUUUCUCCUACGGAUUAUGUUGAGUCUGUGAGCUUGGGUAGCAAAAGUGAAAGCAAAGAGCAAUUAACAGAAGUGAGCCAGGAGAAAAUUAACAAUUAUAAAAAGACUGGCAUUCUGAGAGUGAGUCCAACGAGACAAACACACCAGCAAGCAACAGUAGGAAAAUAUGCAAGUCCUGAGGAAAAAGUGACAACUCCUGUAUCUGAAGAAUCUCAAAAAGAUCCCCAACAGCCUACCCACAUGGCAGAUGUCACUCCUUCUUCUCAUGACCAUGUGAGUACACAGAGCACAAUCUCGGAGGUGAUAGAUAUUUCAUUUGUAGCUAACAAAGGGCUGUCGCAGAAAGACUCGAAUCAUGAGCCCUUGGUCCAACAACUGCCGUGCAUUGCGGAAGUCAAGUCUGAAGCACCUGAACAGACUGAGCUAGCGGGCAGACUGGACAGUACAGAUGGUGAGCGUGUGCGAGAGGAGACCUGGUCAGACCGGGGGCUAGGCAGCUCUCUGCACAGCGCAGACUCCAGCUUUGACAGCAUGGAGAAACAAGUGAGGCAACAGAGAGAAACAAUUGAAGCUCUUCAGAAAAGGCUUGAGGGUUUAUCAGUGGCUGUGGAUCAGACCAGCUGUGUUUUCCCAAGCAGAUAUCAGGACAUGUCUCAACCAGAAAUGAUCGAGAUCGUCUGUGACAAGCCAGAGGGAACAGAGACGAAAAGAUUUCUGUUAGACAAUGGGAGACUACAGCUGGAGCCGGUGAAACUUUCGUUUGGCUUGGAUACGGUGGAGCUUUGGCUCGAUGGUAUUCCGUGUGUGCUGGGUGCUAACAUCGAUGGCUACAUUCCCAUGAGGUUCUUCCCUUCCACAUCUUUACACAUCUCUGGUUUACCAGCGCACAGACCCACGCCAGCUGAUCUUUCAUAACAUUCUUCGCAACUUUUAUUUUCUAUAGGGUGCAAAUGCAGAGUGAGCUACAAUUGCCAAUUGAAAAUCUCAUUCCACCCCCCACCCCUCAAUUUCUUCAGAUAUGUACUCUUCAAACUUAUUGGUUUACAUCAUAAGUAUUUGUAGUUUUACCUUGUAGGAGAAAAAAAUGUUUCUAAAACGCUCUCUAGAUUGGUGUUAAAUUAACAGAAAUGAAGAGACCUGAUUAGUUAUGGGCUCCAGUCAUGUAAAAUGAGCCUUUCCACAGUGUGCCACUUUGCAACAAUUUGGCUGUUUUACUGCACAAUACCAGAUGUAUGGAUACAUUUUCAAUAAGGCAACGACGACAUGUUCAAUUUCAUUUUCUUAAUAAUGGCAACCAAGUAUACUUUUUAAAAAGUGAUUACCAUUUGUCGUUUUUACCCUAUCAGUAUAAAAUAUGCAGUAAAUUUUGGCCUACCUUGCAUAUUUAGUUGCGUGUGCUAUAUACCGGUGUAUUUGCACCUUUGAAGAAAAUACCAAUACCAGUGCACAAAUUUUGCAAUGCGUCCAUGUGUGAGAAUGCAUAAUGUUGAAGAGCCCCGGUACUGCAAGAAAAACAUUCCAGAAGCCUAAGUGGGCUAGUUUGUGUCAUCAGUCCUGUUGUGGUUUUUUUAAAUGAAUCUUUGAUCUCAUGUCAUUGUACAGCCCUUGACAGAUGCAUUUUGGGUUUUUAGAUAUAUACGUAUAUCACAUGGUUAUGUAGUGGUUGAGUUGGAGUAGUUGCUUGUGCAGCAUGUCCAUAACUACUCUCCUUGUCUUCCUCAUGUCCACAUGAAAGUGGUUUUAGUUAGAAGUUGGUUUUAGUCAUAUUUUAAGAUUAAAAUGAAUCAGGGGCUUCACUCUCUUGUCAUGUAGAAAUGUGUUUAAAAGAAGACUUUUCUUUUCACUUCAAAUUGGCAUUCGAUGGAUUAUGACGUGAAAUGUAAGGGAUAUGAAAUAGAGGUAAGAGAGUGUUUCAAAUGCUUUAUUUUUGUUCAUAAAUGCAUUACAAGAGACAAAUGUCUAUAUUUCUACCCAAUGAGGACUUAAUUGAUCCCAUAAAAAGACAAAUGAACAUAAUGUUCUGUUUAACAAUCCACCAAGUUAAUCAAAUUGUGAUGGUAGCCACUGAAAUUCCUUUAUUUUCUUGUUUCUGUAAAAGAUGCGUUAUCUUUUGCUAGAUAUAAACAAGAGGAUUGAUUGAAUGUGCUGGGUUUUGUUUCUGUCAAGAGGUUGUUGUUCUCGUCAUGAUCAGUUUGAUAUGCUGAAGCAGAAACCAAGGGUUGAGUAUGGAAGAUGUGAACUAUUUUGUACAGCUGUAACUACAGAUUAGUGUUUCUAUAGUGCUAAAGCACACAGCAUCCUACUUUGAGUAUGUAGCAGUUUUAAGACAGGUAUAGACCUGGAUUGGGGAAGCAAACAGUCACAUACCUAUAUAUAUAUAUUUAAGACGAGGGUUCUUACUAUUUAAUUUUUAGCCAACAGACGCAGACCAUGCACACAAAAGUUUAUGAAUGCGUCAAAUUUUGUAUGGAUUUUACAAUAGUUUUGUCAACUACCCAGUUAUUUUAACAUCACAAACCAACCAAUAAAUGUUAGACCCAUGAAAUUAGUGUUUCUUUUUAUCGAUUAGUAGUAAUAAGUAGGUGUUUUUUAUGGGGGGGGGGGGUCUGUAAGUAAUUGUGGCUACUCUCUUGUAACAUUUUUGUGUGGAACAGUUUAUUAUUGUUGUUAGUGUAUACAGUGUGCUAUGUCUCUGUGAGGGGGAUGGCAUGCAGUGUCAUGAUGUUCCGCUGUUGUGAAGUUGUGUUCAAUAAAUAUACAAAUAAACACUAAUUUUACUCCUAUUCACACAUAGAUUAUAAAUCUCAAUCAUUCUCAUUCUUCAUCAUUACCAUUUGCUGUAAUUUUUUAGUCCUGAGAAUCUUCUACAGGGAAGCUUUACGAUUGCUUUAUAAUGUAGUUUGACGUAUAUUUUGCCCCAAAUAUCUUACUAAACAUAACAGUAAUAACAGCAGCAGUGGAACAAUCACUUUAUUAUGCAGUUGGCUCCUUGUUUUAUAAUGUGCAUGUAUAUGCUGCUUUGAACAAAAUAUUCCUUGAGAAAUUACUGUGUGGGUGGCUGGAGGUUGCUCUGGUGUGGUGUGCUCCUUCUUUCAUAUCAAGAUCUCUAUCAAUUUUUUCUCUCCUCCUCCAUUUCUUUGUCUUUCUCUCUUGUAACAACUUACAUUUUCAGCACUAAUGUGACUCAUUUGUGUUGCAAGUGCCAUAAAACUUUUUGUGAAACUUUUUUUUUAACCCUGAAAAGAAAAGUCUACGGUUUAUGAAGUCAGCCAUAAGUCUGUUGUGAAUAUAGAAUUUAAUCUGUUCCCUGCAAGCCCUUUACUCCUUGUACUUGGUUUGGCCUUUGUACAAGUCUGAGAAUGGAGGGCUCAACAUAUUCUAACUUAAUUGUGCUAGUCUCUUAUUGUAGUUUCUGCAUUGUCUAGACUUUCUCAUUUUUCGCUUUGUCUAUUGUAAACUCAUUAAUUCUGCAUAAUCAUUUUAAGUGUAUAUGUGUCACAUCAGUGUGUAAGCGGGAAUGUGUGAGUGUGUAUGAUACAUGUAUAUAUAUAUCUAUGUCUGUGUAUCUGUGUAGACUGCAAUUUUUAAGAUUUCUGCUACACGGUUCAACUAUAAAUUGUGUUUCAUUUAUAUAUAUAUAUAUAUAUGAAAUAUGAAUGAAAUAAUGAAUUAUAUAAAUGUAGAAUGCACCCUAUCCUGCUCUCUGUGAUGUUGAAUGAUCUUUUGGACUUUUGUUUCCUCCACUCCAACUACUGAACAAAUUCGUCAGCGAAUUUCUCAUAUCAAUAUAUAUCAGCAUUGGCGUUACGUUACGCCUGUCCCAUUGUGUUCAUAUAAAGCAUAACUCCAGAAUAGAAAAUGUUUUUACUCUUUCACAUAUGUAUGAGUGUUUAUGAAUGUUUUGGCCAACAUACUUGAAAGAUAAAUUUUAAAAAUGAAUAGAGAGAAUGGGUAAGAGAGAAUGAGAUUGAGAGAACGGAGAAUAUAACAAGAUGAAAGAAAUGAAUGACUGUAGUGUAAGAGUUACUUCUUUUCGUACUGUUUCUGAGAAGUAAAGAGAAACAGAAAGAGGGAUCACUGUUGUGUGAAGUGUCAUAAGUGAAUAAGUUCAGAUCUCAGGCACAUGGGACACAGCUGGCUGGAGGUGGAGAAGAUCUCUCCCCGGACACCGACAGGUGGAGGAGAGCCCUUCAUGACAGCCUAUACCCAGUAUCAGGAUGACGGAGGGGAAAUGAACAAUUAAAAAGGGGCAUAAAUGAGAAGGAAAAGAUGUAAAAGUUUGCAUGGGCCAUUGUGUACAUGCUGUUUGGUUUCAUGUUCAUUAAUGAAAGUAUCCAGUGAAUGGAGGGGAAGGAGAAACAUGCUCAGUCUAUCAUUGACAUGGUAUAUAUAAUUUUCUUGAGAAGGAUAGUAAAGAGAAAAUAACUUAGCUCUCAGUUAGGUGUGGAUGCAAUUAUUACAAACAGCAUUGCACAAAUGUCAGCAGAUGUAAAGAAAGCUCUUCAUAUCCGGUUGUUCAUGGGUGUAUGUCCCUGACUACGGUUAACAAUAAUGUACAUUUUUUUAAAGCUCCUGUGGCUUUGAAAUGAAAGAGGAUUUCCUGUGCUCUGCUUUAUAAUAUAACUCAGCCUUUUGUCAGUGAUGUUUUACACAGCCCCACCCUUUGUUCAUUCAGUUUUCCUCCUCACUAUACUCUGCCAUGAUCAUUUGCUAUGCAAGCAAUAAACAAUAUUACUUACCCUAAA